UCACCGAUGUCACUGAUGGAUAAAUCCCAGGGAUGGUAGUCGAGCGCAGAUAAAAGCAGAGGUUAGAUGGAAUAUGGCUCUCUCCAGAGGUUUGAGGUGCUGUCAAAGGGUUUUCUCUUGGAUACCUGUGCUUAUAAUAACCUCCGUGGUGUUGUGGUCGUAUUACGCCUACGUAUUUGAGCUAUGUCUGUUUACACUCACCAACACAUUGGAAAAAGUGGCCUAUCUGCUGGUUUUUCAUGUUUGUUUUGUGAUGUUCUCCUGGACCUACUGGAAGUCCAUAUUUACCCCUCCUGCAUCACCAUGCAAAAAGUUUCAGCUGUCAUACUCAGACAAGCAGAGAUACGAGAUGGAGGAGAGGCCAGACGCUCAGAAGCAAAUCCUGGCUGAGAUCGCAAAGAAACUGCCCAUCUUUACUCGAGCUCAGUCUGGAGCUAUCAGGUUCUGCGACCGCUGCCAGGUACUGAAGCCUGACCGCUGUCACCACUGCUCGGUUUGUGAAACAUGUGUCUUGAAGAUGGACCAUCAUUGUCCCUGGGUGAACAACUGUGUGGGCUUUUCAAACUACAAGUUUUUCCUGCUUUUCCUCUCCUACUCCAUGCUGUACUGUGUAUUCAUUGCAGCAACAGUCUUUCAGUAUUUCCUGAAAUUCUGGGUGGGGGACUUGCCAAAUGGGCCCGCAAAGUUCCAUGUCCUCUUCCUCAUGUUUGUGGCGCUCAUGUUCUUCGUCAGUCUCAUGUUCCUCUUUGGCUACCACUGUUGGCUGGUGGCCAAAAACAGAUCAACUUUAGAGGCCUUCUCAGCUCCUGUUUUUGUCGCUGGACCAGACAGAAAUGGCUUCAAUGUCGGUAUACGCAGAAACCUGCAGCAGGUAUUUGGAGAGGACCGGAGGCUGUGGUUCAUCCCUGUCUUCACAAGCCAGGGGAACGGCCACUACUUCCCCUUGAAGAAUCGGAGUUCUGAGUCCCGGAACCCCUUAUUAGCUAAUGAGGACAUGUGGGAGGAGUCAGAUGACGGCUCUGAAGACGGAGACCUGGUUGAGGACCAAGACCCCUCCGUUACCAUAGAGAUGGGGGAGUAGUCAUUUAAUCAAAGGACGAUUACCACUGGUACAGAGGAUGUAUAAUAAUAUCACACACACUGUGUACCACGAGGCAAAUGCAUUCCAAAUCAUGCGGAUGUUCAGACACUGAAAAAAAAUACGAAGGGGGCCAAACGUGUGGAUUAGAAGCUGCAUUUGGAUUGUCAUUGCCACUUUAAACCGGGUGUUUUACAUAAUGUUGUAUAGAUGAACUCAAUGGACAACCAGUAGCAUCAACUCUCCUCACCUCUCCUGGAAAACAAUAUAAGUUUGAUUCGGAUAAUAAUAAUACCUCACACCAGUGGUGGAAUGUAACUAAGUACAUUUACUCAAGCACUGUGUUCUUGCUUUACAUGAGUAAUUCCAUUUUCUGUUACUUAUUACAUUUUACUCUACUGCAUUGAGUUGAUACAUUUAGUUACUUUGCAGAUACUUAUAUAAUACAAAUAAAAAAUCAAGUUAUAAAUUAUGUUGCACUAUUAUAGAUGAAGCUACCCAGCAGUAUAUAACGUAAAUCAAGUGAGCUCCAUCUUUACCAGAAGCAACACUGAAGUGAUGUAUACAUUAACACAUCAAUAAUUACAAGUAAUCCAGUUACAUAUAUAUUUAUUAUUCUGAAAUGGGGCCGUUCUGCACUUUUAAUUUUAGUACUUCAAGUAUUGGAUGCUUAUACUUCUGUACUUGUACUUAAGUAACAUUUUGAAGGCAGGACUUGUAAAAGGGUAUUUUUAGACUGUAGUAUUGACAGUAUACUUAAAAAGAUCUUCCUCCACCACUGCCUCACACACAAAAAAGACAACCGCUAUUUCCUGUUCCAUGGGUGAUGUGUCUCCCUCUGGUUGUUCAUCUCAAGGCACUGGCAUCUAUGGGAUUAUAGAUUGCUGUAACUUUGGAAGCUUCUGUCCGGCGCUGUACUGUUUUAUAGUGUCAGUGUUUGGCUGCAAGUUCACAGUGUUGCACCUUAGACCUCAACCCCAUAACGCUCCGGAGGCGCCUUGUAUAGAUCUGGCUUCCUGGUCUCUAACAGUUUGGGUCGUGCAGCAUAACAGCAUCAAUAUAACGGAACAACAUUAAGAUUUUACUUUUUUUCACUGAAUAUUAACAUAUUAGAGUAACUGACUUGACCAUUGCCUUAUUAAUAUAUUUAUUGUUGUGUUUUGGGAGAGCAUCUCUCCAAAGAAUGUAUCCACCCUGCUUGUGAAUAGACUGUGCCAACAUCUUAGGCACCUAUUUAUGGAAGAACCUCUUAAAGGCUUUUAGUUAAGCAUUUUGUCAUUUCAUUUUGAGUUGAAAUGCCAUUGCUAGUGUCUAAUGGCACUGGGGACAGGAAUAAAAUUAAAAACAGUCUAAAUUUGUGGCUUGGCUUCAUAGCUACAACUCUAUAUAUUUGUAAAUGAAUAGGGAUGCACUGAUAUAUCAGCCAAUUAUCGCUUUUUUUGCAAAUGUGCUCACAUCCUCCAAUGGCAGUGGCUGAUGUUUAUCUGUUUUCUAACAUCAGUUUUGCGCUAGCUCAUUCAUGAGCUCCUGGCUCAGAACAUCCCUGCCAUCAAUGUACAAGGCUUUUUGAGUACUAACAUUUUUUUUAUAUCAGUGUGUAGGUAGUUGGAUAGUGGGCUGAAAAGAAUUUUGGAUCAAUUGUUAUAUAUAAAACAAACCCUUUUUUCAUAUGAAAGACAGUUAUUAUAGAGGUUUUUUCAUAAAUUCCACAGAUCCAGAUUCCAAAUUUGUACUCAAAGCUGAUGUGAUGAAAGACUGUAUCUCUUCAAGACAGUUAUUUUUUUAGACUUGCACAAAAGAGAGUAUAAAUAACAAAUGUUACACAACAACAAAAAAAUCAGCAUUACCUAGCCACCAAAUAUGCUAUUUAAAACAUAAAUAUCAACCCAUAAUCUCACAAUCGGUGCAUCCCUAAAAGUGUAUGUUGAAAUCUCAGUAUUUAGUCAAUUUUAAAGGUGCAAUAUGUAAGAAUUUUAGUUGAAAAAAAAAAAAAAAAAUUAUUAACA